AAGGCUGGCGACAACCGCAUUCAUCCUCUCUUAGAUUUGACACGUGCUAGUGUACAGUGUUCACUCUCCACAAUGGCCCAGAAACCACCAUACAAAGUCGCCGAUAUCGGCCAAGCCGAGAUGGGGCGUAAAGCUCUUGACAUCGCAGAGAAUGAGAUGCCAGGGUUGAUGAUGAUGAGGAAGGUGUACGGACCCAAGAAACCCCUGGCUGGAGCCCGCAUCGCUGGCUGCCUCCAUAUGACGGUGCAGACUGCCGUCCUCAUUGAAACUCUGCAGGAACUCGGGGCUGAGGUCCAGUGGUCAAGCUGCAACAUCUUCUCUACACAAGACUUCGCCGCUGCAGCCAUAGCUAAGACUGGCGUCCCUGUGUAUGCGUGGAAGGGGGAGACAGAUGAAGAGUAUGUGUGGUGCAUUGAACAAACUCUGGUAUUCCCUAAUGGCAAACCCCUCAACAUGAUCCUUGAUGAUGGUGGUGAUCUCACAAAUCUGGUACACGAGAAAUUUCCACAGUACCUUGAAGGUAUCAGGGGUUUGUCCGAGGAAACCACAACAGGGGUCCACAACCUGUACAAGAUGAUGGCAGAUGGACGUCUCAAAUGCCCAGCCAUAAAUGUCAACGACUCUGUCACCAAGAGCAAGUUCGACAACUUGUACGGUUGCCGUGAGUCUCUCGUUGACGGCAUCAAGAGGGCAACUGAUGUGAUGUUGGCGGGGAAGGUGGCCUGUGUAGCUGGGUACGGCGAUGUCGGCAAGGGAUGCGCACAAGCCCUCCGUGCCUUCGGUGCACGUGUCAUGGUCACUGAGGUUGAUCCUAUUAAUGCACUUCAGGCAGCCAUGGAAGGCUUCCAGGUAACAACGAUCGAGGAGGCUGUGAAACACGCCCGCAUCUUUGUGACAGCUACAGGCUGCAAGGGCAUCAUUCGACCCCAAGACUCCGACAACAUGUUGGAGGACACUAUCGUGUGCAACAUCGGACAUUUUGACUGUGAAAUUGAUGUGAAAUAUUUGAAUGAAAACUGUGCCAAGAAAGAGGAAGUCAAGCCUCAGGUUGACAGGUAUGAAAUGAAGAAUGGCCGCCACAUCAUCCUGCUGGCUGAGGGUCGGCUUGUGAACCUUGGAUGUGCCCAUGGGCACCCAAGCUUCGUCAUGAGCAACUCUUUCACCAACCAGGUGUUGGCACAGAUUGAGCUGUGGGCCAAAGCUGACACCUACAAGGUCGGAGUCUUCAUGCUGCCCAAGAAGCUUGAUGAAGAAGUCGCGGCAGCUCAUCUGGAACAUCUUGGGGUCAAACUGACCAAGCUGACCUCAGACCAGGCUUCAUAUCUCGGCAUUCCUGCACAAGGACCCUUCAAACCUGACCACUACAGAUACUAAAACAACAUAUCGACACCUUGUCCAUGGAACACAUGUCAUCUGAUGCUCUCACAACAUACAUCCAGCAUUCCUUGAUUCUCAUGGCGACAGUUAUUAACGCCUCCACUCUUGAAGAGUUCGCUCAUCACUAGCAUCGUGGUAUUGACACAGUGAAAGGUUCUGUGUUGUACUGGGAGGGGAAGCUAAUCUUCCUGCUCUGGGCAGAAGGGACAGUUGUGUACGAAACAAAAUAUAUCAUGCUGAAUUUUUAUUAAGCAGAUUGUUGAUUGUUUUUGUGCUUAGCUUUUUGGUUGUCUAUAUUUUAAGAUAUGGAUCUAUUCGGCGUUCAUGAUUGCUUUGCAAUGUUUGAAUGGCAUUUCAUCUUUUUUGUUAACAUUGUUAUCAUGAUGAUGAUGGUGUACAGACAUAUAUGCAAUAAAAACUGAAAAUACCAAA